AUGUCACACAUGGCAUACACUCCCAAGAAACAGGUGAGGACGAGAAACACCCAUGCUGCGUUUCCAACACUGCCGAUAGACGAAAUCGUCCAGUGCUUGCCCGGUCUGGACUGUAUGGUCACCGAGGAGGAGCUUUUGCGGCCCACUAGCAAGUUUGUACAGUCCAUGUACGCCCAGAUCGCCACCUCUCUUCUAGGUAUCAACAGAGAAAGUAUGGCUCCUGCUUUGGCUGCGUGUGCAGCUGGAACAGAGCAUCCCGAGACCCAGGAGGACGCACGGAUGCUGUUUGCACUGCAGAAGCCGCUUUACGAUCUGUUCGUGGCCUCUGGAGUGACGGACUACAACAUUUCGGACAUUUUGAAACCCUCUCCGGAGCGACUACGGGUGCAGCUUUCGGCCAUCAUCAACUACGCGCGGUUCCGAGAAAUCAGAGAAAAAUGGUACGAGAAAAUGUCGGAGGAGCUGAAUGAGGAGGAAGAGGCAAGAACCAUGCGUCUCAAGAACCAGGAAGAGAAGCUGAGACGCAAAGUCGAGCUCAUUGCGCUCAUAGGAGAUACCCCGGACCAGGAUCUGGUGGAGCAACACCGGAUCAACGACAGUAGGAAGUCUGAGCUCAAACGACUUCAUGAUCAGAACCUGCAACUCAACGACGAGAGAGAGAGAAACAAGGCCGAGCUGCGGGUGGUGGUGAACCGUCUGAGGCACAAGCAUCAACUUAUGGAGUCACUGCAAGAGGAGGUGGCUCGUCUGAACAGCUAUGUUGUGGACAAUCCCAAGAAUCUGCAGGAGGAAGUGGUGGAGCUGUCCAAGCGGGUAAAGGAACGAGAAACUGUACGACGAAUGCUUGGGGAGCGUGUCCAGAAGCUCGAUUUGUCGGUGGACUCGUUCAAGGACUUCCAGGUGGACGUUUCGUCGUGUCUAUCGGCUUUCCAGAAACUCAGCGACGAGCAGGAGGCCCAUUCCAAGGCUGUAAGGAAGAUUACAACCCAAAAGGAGCUGCUGGAACAUGUGGGCAUUAAUUCGAGGCAAGCGGAAGGCCGAAGAGAUGUUCUUCAGCAGGAAAUCGAGGCUGCAGAGUCCAAGAUUGCCAGAAUCCAGCAGGACAUGUCUGAGAGUGAUCGGCAGACCAGUAGACGUAUGGAGGAGCUACGUCGACAGAUUGGCACUCUGGAUGCCGAGCGAGCACUGGUGGUUCAGCAGAAUAACACUGCUCAGAAACGACUGGCUGAGUUAGAAAACGAUAUGGCUACAGAACGAGACAGGUACGAGGCCCAGUUGAAGAUGGCCCGUGAAGAAGCCGAGAAGCUGCAGACGCAGUUCCGGGAGUAUUUUGUUGAGGUUGGAAGACGACUCAACUAA